AUGUCAAUAAUAUCAAAUUUAUUUCAUCAAAUGGAUUAUAAUUAUUUAUUACGCGGCCUAUUAAAAUUGAUUAGUUCUCUUAAUUUUAUUUCAAUCCUCUUUAUUGUUCUAGGAUAUCUCUUUAUUCGUCCAUACAUUUCAUAUUUUAAAUCUCUUCGUGAUCCUCAAUAUACUCGUGCCCCUGGUCCAUUACCUCUACCUUUUAUUGGAUAUUUAUCAAUUUUAUUUGGUGAUAUAGCUGAAAAUAAUUUUAAAUUAUCCGCUAAAUAUGGAGAUAUUUGCGAAAUAGAAAUGUUCGGUUAUCGUUAUGUAUUAAUAAGUAAUCCUAAAUUAUUAGGUGAUUUAUUUAGUCCUAGUGUUAAUUCCCCAUUUUUAAGAAGGAUGCCAUUAAUGCCCGGAUUUAAAGAAUUAGGCAUGGACAAAGAAGGAUUAUUAUUAAAUUUAGAUAUUCCUAAAUGGAGACAUAAUAGAAAAUUCUUUCAACAAUCUUUAUCUCCUCCUUCAUUCUUGGAACUUAGUACUAAAUAUACCAGAGAAACUUGUGAAGAAUUGAUUGAACAUUGGAAUAAAAUAAUUGAUAAUAAACAAGCUAACAAAAAUGAUAAUAAAAUUUAUAUUAGAAUGGAUAAAUGGUAUCGAGCAUUUACUAGUGAUAUGAUGGGUUUAGUAGCAGCAGGAAGAGAAAUUUAUCGUAGAUUAAGAGAAGAUUAUAUAAAUGCAUUAAAUUUCUUUGUCUUUAUUCCAAAAUUUUUAUGGAAUUUACCAUUCAUUCAAGGUCAAUGUAAAUUUUAUCGAGGAAUUUUAGAUUCACUUACAGAAUUUGAAAUUAAAUUUAUUAAAGACCUUAGACCAGAUUUUCUUACAAUGUUACUCACCAUGAAUCAAGAUUCAGAUCCAACUCCUGAUGAUAUUAAACAAAAUCUUCGAGAAAUGUUUAGUGCUGGUACUGGUACCACCACUACAACCUUAUGUUCUAUUGCAUAUUUAUUAGCUAAACAUCCAGAAAUUGAAAAACGGAUGGUGGAUGAAAUUCUUUCAGUUAUUGGACAAAAUAAUCCUAUAGAUUCAUCUAAUUUAUCCAAAUUAACUUAUACUGAAGCAGUUCUUAAUGAAUCCAUGCGUCUUUACCCAGUAGUACCCGUUACAUAUAGAUUUUCACCAGAAAUAUCUACUCAAAUUGAUAAAUAUAGAUUUCCUCCUGAUACAUUAUUCGCUAUUAAUUUAGGACAUAUUCAUAGGGAUGCUAGAUAUUUCAAAGAUCCGGAAAAAUUUAAUCCUGAUAGAUUUCUAGGUAAUUGGCGAGAAAAUAUUCCUAAUUACGCAUUUUCACCAUUUGGACACGGAAUGAGAAGUUGUCCAGGAAAAAAUUUUUCGAUGACUGAAAUUAAAGUUAUAUUAGCGACAAUUUAUAGGAAAUUUACUUUUAAAUUAGUAAACCCGAAUGAACCUUUACAUUUACAGUUUGCAGCAGUUAAUGAUAUUACUAAAAUGGAGGUUUAUAUUGAAAAGCGUGAAUUACCCCAAAAUUAA